AUGCCAACUUCACACUGUAAUAAGUCACUAUUGUUAGCUGUACUUUCACAGCUAUCUGUUCUGUCAGGUAACCGGGAAGAAAAGAACAUUAUUAAGAAGGUGAAUGGGCAGAAGUUUGUUUAUAAGUUUGUGUCUAUGCCAGACAACCUGUCGAUGGAGCCAGAGAAGUGCGAUGCCUCAGACAGUGAGUGGGCAAUAAGUAGGCCAAAGGAUGAUAACCUUUCUUUGCAGAGGCAGCUGAAGCCCACCACCAGGGUUUCGUCUCGGAAUGAAUACAUGCGCUCCGGUCUCUACUCGACCUUCACCAUCCAGUCGCUGCAAAGCAACAACCACCGAUCCCGGGAUCAGGCCAACGACUCCCCUCCUGGAACCUUGGAGCUGCCAAACCUCGAAGGGAAAGUCCAGGUUCUCGAGAGGCCCCCUGAGGAGCCUGAGGUUCAACUCCAAGGCGAGGAGCAACAGCUGCAAGAUGGAGGUGAGCUCUCCAUGGAAACAGGCAGAGAUUCUCCCUCCCAGGGAGAUUUCAAGGUGAAGGAAGAGGCGAUUGAAGAGUUGGAAUGUGACGUCCUUGAUACCAAACCUGCUGAUGAUGACUUACCUCAGGUGCCCAGCCCAAGUCAGGUGAAGGUGGAAAACAUUUGUAACCAUCAGCCACCAAAAACCAAGAAACCAAAGGAUCUUGAGCUGCCAGCGACGCUACUCACUGCCCAGAACAGUCCCCCUCCAGAUAAAAGCAACCCUGGUGUUGUGAAUACAGUGGUGUUUCCUACCUCCAGUGCGGUCACUCCAUCACUGAUUACCCAGCACGUUCAGACCCCAAUAAUACUGACACCGAAUGCUUUACCAUCUGCCAUUCACUUCUGGAGCACUCUUAGCCCAAUAGCACCGAUGAGCCCAGCCAAACUCUCAUUUCAGUUUCCUUCAGCGGGGAACACACAGAUCCACAUUCCCGUAGCCUCCAUGGAUGGAUUAUCUACACCAGUACUUUCGUCAUCAGCACUGCAGAAACCCUGAACCAUGCACAGACAGAAAGCAAUGAAGUAUUCCCAAGUGUCGACCGUAGGUGGACUGGAUGUAUUCUAUUCAAAGCAGCCUCGAGGGCAAUGAGUUGUCAGGAUGGAUUGUACAGACUCUGCUGACCAGACCCAAUUCCUUUUCAGAACAAAUCUCUUCACUCAGGACUGAUUGAUAGUGGUAGACCGAUGAGUGACCCAUCUCAUUGUCAAGAGAUGUUGUUGGUGCAGGGUGGGGGUGCCGGGAGAUUGGGGUACAUGCUCGGCAACUAAUCUUCUUGUAACAUGCUCAAAGGCCUGGGUUAUGUGCACAAUCCCGCUCACGCCUCACCUGGUGUGGGCACCACUGUGAUGUGUGCUGCCAAAACAGUGUUUCACAAUGUGAAGGUGGCCAUUCGAUUCUCAGCUGGCAUGUGUGCGUCUCAGCAUCAGCCUCUGAUCACGCACACACAUACACUCAUUAUCAGAAACUAGCCGUUCUUAAAAAAAUUGCAUUUUCCAGGAUGUGAGAAACGGCGCAACUUUUAGAAAAUUAGCCAAGGACUCAAAGGGGGCAUUAUAAUAAUGGAGAGUUUGGAAUGUUGCUUUAAAUCUCCAGAUGAUUGUUGAAGCAGAGUCAAAAUUAAUGAAAGGGUAAUUGGGCAGAUGCACGUAAAAGAGAAAUAUUGUUGCCAUGUCAGGUGAACAGGACGAUGGGAUGAGGCUGGUGGGAAAAGUGACACAGGAGUGGAUUUAAUAGGUUGAAUGACCUGCCGCAGAGUGGUGACACUCUAAGGUUGUCAAUGAGAGUACUCCAGUUUUCCAAUGCAUUCUUGCUGCUUAUAGAACAAGUGAUGUUGUUGGUCACCAGUUGUGGAAGAGGAAUCUGUUUUUUGUUGCGGAGGCACACCAUUAGUUGACAUCACCAGGUUUGGUGGUUAUGUGAACAAGUGCAUAAAACAAGAGCCAAGGAUUCAAAAACCCAUUUGCUCCAACAAACCCUGACCCUUCACUCAAUGAAAUUAUCCCCUUAGUAUUCGGCUACAAGGGAUGUCCCCAGUGUCUAUGGUUCCAUUAUCUUAUUUAGACAAUGAUAACCUAGAUAAUUACUCAUUUGAGUAAAUAUAAAAUUUAUGCCCUCUUUGCCUUAUUAGUCAUUUACUUUGACUUGUCAUUCCAUACUCAUUGUAUAAUGCAUUUUGGUAUUUUGGACUUCGCUAGCUCGGUUGGCUGGACAGCUGGUGAGUGAUGCCAACAGCAUGGUUUUGAUUCCUGCACCAACUGAAGCUACUGUGAAGAUCCUGUCUUCUCAAAUUUGUAUCUCACCUGGGACUCUCAGAUUAAAUUCAUCACCAACUGUCCCUCUCGAAUGAGAGAGUGGUCCUCCAGGAAUGUGAUGAUUGCUACCAAUUGAUACUUUUUAGAUGCUGUCAUCAAGGAAAUCCAUUCCACCCUCUUAACAUCUAGACUGUAGAGAGACAAUUUUAACCCUACAGUGAAAAUUAUCCUUGGGACUAAACAAUGCUGAUUCAGCUCUUCUGUGCAGCCAUCCUUGGUGAGCCCUCCAAUUAUUGCCCAACUCUAAUUUUCCUCUUUAUUCUAUUAUGGGAUGUUGGCAUUGUUGGCAAAGCCAGCAUUGAAGGCCUGUCUCAAUUUACCUACGAGUUGAAUGGCAUGUUAGAGGCAUUUCAGGGAGCAGCUAAGAGUCAACCACUUCGCUAUGGGAAGAAGUCACAUAAAGACCAGACCUGGUAAAAUUUCCUGAAAGGCCAUUUGUGAACCAGAAUGAGCUAUUAAUGAUAGUUUCAUGGUCAUGAUUACUGAGAUUAUAAUACCAGAUUUAUCAACUGGAUUUAAAUUCCAUCAAUUGCCUGGUGGGUUGACUUUAGCUCUAACAAGUACAUCCUACUUCUUCUAGGUUCAAGGACAAUUAGGGAUGGGUAACAAAUACUGACCUUAUAAGUGACCUUUCUAAAUCCCCUGGAAGAAUCUAAACAAGCACUAGUGAGAUCUUCCAGCAGCAAGCAAGGAGGAUGAAAUGGCAUUUUAACAAAAAUUCUUGUUUCUUUGUGAACCUGAAAGCAAGAGGGAGUGGUGAUUUAAUCAGGUGUAAGAUGAACAUUAGGCUUGUGUGAAGGUCCUGAGAUGUGACAGCUUGAUUAUAUGCAGUAGUGGAGGUUAGCACAUGAGAAUUUAAUGACUUUGCUUCAAAGUUAUUCCAGAAAAACCCAAUUUUCAAAUCCACGACUGGAGCUAGAUCUUUGCGGUCCAUGAGGAUAAAAAGAGAUGGUUAAGGGCUGGUGAACAUGACAGCUAUCAAUUGUUGUAAAUUCCCAUCUGGUUCACUGGAGUCCUUUAGGGAAGGAAAUCUGCCACAUUUACCUGGACUGGCCUACACAUGACUCCAGACUCAGCAAUGUGGCUGACUCUUGUUUGCCCUCUGCAAUGACUGAAGCAAACCAUUAAGAUAGAAAGGCAUUUGGCGAUGGGCAACAAAUGCUAGCUUGCUGUGACAUGCACAUCCUGUAAAAAAAAAGAAAAAAAGGCUCAAAUUUAACUAAUUGAAUGGCGGACCAGGCUUGAGGGGCUGAAUGGCCACCUUCUCCCCUUAUAUUUCGCACUCUUGUGAAAAGAGAUGCGUAGACUGACCUUCUCCUGCCACUUCAGUGGGAGAUUUCCACAUUUGAAGAAAGGCACCGGCUUUAUUACUUUUCCUGGCCUUGUGCAACACCCCACUGCCCACCCUGACACAUACCCCCACAGGCCCACUGUGCCCCCAGGGGAGGAUUGCAAAGGCUCAAGGACUUUUUCCGGCCCAAACCUUCAUUUAAAUCUUGUCAGCUGGCAGGCUGGAUUGAGUUUGCUAGAUUCAGGCUUGAAAGGUUUUUGCCAAGUCGAAAAGGUGCUCUGCUGCCUAGCCACAAGGGUGCAGGGUGUCAGGAGUGUGUGGUUUUGGAUAGCUGAAGACGGGGGUAGCAACGACUUUUUAUGCUUUUGUUCCCUGUGAACUCAGUAGGGAGCACUCCAACUCUGUAAACGUAAUUUUAACUGUACCCGUUUCGAAGGGUGUCUACUGCUGUGCCAUCAGCAAGACUGGUCAAGAGUGUGCAGGGCAUUGCUCAGUUGUGUCCUGAAUGGCACUGUGGGCAACAGCAUCCUGAGUUGCACAUUAAAAGUGUCCACUGCCUGUACUCCAGCUUGUCUUUCUCUACCUUCUGUGCUGACCUCCGAGGUAGAGACUCCUGAAACCAGAAGUCCAUGCCACGAAUGUGGUUGGCAUGACAAUCGGCAUGCCCCCAGACUCUGAGAGCAGCAGCAACGUAGUUUAGAGAGAAUGUUGUAUAUUGCCUCAAGGAGGAAAAGGCUUUGGUGUUUAAAGAUGGCUGCAACAAGGAGCAAUCACAAAAUGGUUAUUUCCACCACCACCACCCCCCCCAACCAUACCUCAGUGUGAGCGCAACAUGAGUGAACGCUGCUCUACACUCCAAGAGACUUGGAUCUGGAAUGCACUGCCUGAGAGUGUGGUGGAGGCAGGACCAAUCCAUGGCUUUCAAAGCGGAAGUAGAUAACUAUCUGACGAGAAAGGUAUUGCAGGGCGUUGUGGGGAAAAGUGUGCAUUACGAGGUGAGUUGCGCUUACAGAUUGGGUGCUAGCAGAAUGCAGUGGGCCAAAUGGCAUCCCAUUCACCAUUCUUUGAUCCUGUUGCUAAUUUGGCUACACAAAAAGUGGCCCUCAUCAACUCCUUCUGGGGAACAGUUUCCUUGGCAAGCCAAUCAAGCAAUGGCAGAAAGCUAUUUGUCUGCUUUGAGGUAGAAUUCUUCACAUGAGGAGCUUGGGGAAUGGGGUCUGUGUGUUGGGGAUAGGGGUGGGGGUUGGAUAUUGGACAGUUCUUUGUUCUUCUCCAGGCCAGGCAGUGGUAUCUUGAGUAUCCUCCUGAGCCAGCGAAGGGACCUUCAUUUGAUACAUCAGGGGCAAGUACCUCUAGGAAUGGGAUGCUACCUCGGUCCUGCGCUGUUGUAUCACUCUAAUCUACACACUCAAGAUUGGGUCAAAACCCAAAACCGAAUCUGCUGAGCCUGAGGUGUAGAAUGCUACUGACUGAGCCAGGCUCAUUUUGUAAUUAUCACUACAUUGCAAUCUCACUCAACGAGGUUCCACAGUGACUGGUGUGGAUGACAUUGCAUGGAAGGUUGUCUGUUUGAGGGCGAUAAUGAGGGGGCAUUGAAGAAAGAUUGAAGCAACAGGGAGUGACUGAUGAUAACAUUGGGCUAGGUCUGAAAUUUAAUACUUUCCACUUCCCAGCACUGAUAGUUCUGAUCUCCUUCAAUGUCCGAAUAGGUAGACAAGCUGAAUGGCUUUUUCCUGUUGCUGUAUUUCUGCAAUGCACACAAAUAUCAGAUAUAUUGAACAGUGGAAUUAUAGAAUAUACUGUGUCAUUUCUUAAAUGUUAUAUAUGUCAUGAUAUUGAGUUACUCCACUGCUGUAUAAGUAUAUCUUUCAGAACUCUUGCAGUAUAUUCCAAGUAAAAUAAUUGAUAUGGAAAUAGAUUUAUUUUUUAGAAUGUUGUUUAUGGUUGUGUAAUCAGAGGAGCAAAUCGAUUCUCAUUCAUGAAUUAUGAGCUGUUACAGAGUUCAAUUACAUAUGCGCAUGUCACCAACACUGUUCACCUGGAGACUCGUUCAUGUCGAUUCCUCUGUUAUAGGCUAUUGAGUUGUUUUUCAUGCAGACUUUAAAAAUGUGUUAUGCAUUCGAUAGAAACACGCAUCAGUCCAAUUAAUCAACCACAAUUUAAUUGUCUGGCAAAACACAUUUGAGGGGCUGAAUGGCCUGUUCUUACGUUCCUAUCCAAGUGUUUGAUACCCAGGACCAUUCUUGAGCUCAGGAGACAAACAGCUCACCAAGCUUCAGAGAUAGUAGGAACUGCAGAUGUUGGAGAAUCUGAGAUAACAAGGUGUAGAGCUGGAUGAACACA